UGCCAGACCGCCGAACGACCGCGCCAUGGAGGUGCCCCGCGAGAUGAGGCUAUCCCUUCUUCGCUGGGACCGCGCUGAGGAGGGGUGCCAGCAGGAGCCGCCGGAGGGUAGGGGCGCCGAUACUUAUGAGCCGCGACCGCUUGAUGCCCCGGAGGGGGGUGGGCGGGGGUCGCCGCCUCCGCCGGACGAGGGAGGAGUCGGCGACGAGGAGGAAGGGCGAUGGGGGGUAGAAGCGGCUGCUACGAUGGACGUGCCAUCUGAGGAUGACCUGUUUCCGGGAGACCCGGAACAGAAGAUGCGGGAGGAGAUGUGGAUGCUGUGCAACCUCGAUGAGCACCUCCUAUUGAGCCAGUUCCACGUACCGCCUCCGCCAGCGCAGCAGCAGCGGCUCCCGCCCCCCGCCACCGCGGCUAUGGAAGGAAACUAUGGCGGCGGCGGCCUCGUAUCGAGCAACCCCUGCCUUCGGCAGCCCAACGGGAUGCCGUACACCGCCGCCGCCAACACCCGGGCCGGCGGCGCCUCCCCGGCGAAGGGGGUCGCCGCUAAUAGCGCCGCUGCUGCUGGUUCCGGAGUAGGAGGGAGCGAUGGCUGGCGGGGGGGGGGACGGGCAGAGAGGAACCACAGCAGCAGCAGCAGCAACGGCAUACGGAACGAUGACGCCGCUGCCGCCGACGCGCGGGGGAGAAGGGGCGCCGCCGCGCCGCCGCCCAUCCGGCAGCCGGUGAUGCGCAGCCGGCGGGAGGAGCGCGUCACCUUUCACGCGCGGCCCACCUGCCACGACUUCUUGCGGGGGUGGGAAGGCGGCCGCGCGAGGUCGGCGGGAGACGGCGACUCAAGCCCCGGCGGCGGCGGCGGCGACAGGCUGCGCCCGCAAGGCGGGGGGGCGGGAGGAGCCUCUCCUCCUCCUUCCUCCGUCUCCGGCGACCGCGGGGCGCCAAGCCGAUACUCGCGGGGCCAGCCCCAGGACAGCGGCGGCACCAGCAGAGGGGGCAGCGGUAAGAACGGCGGUGGAGGCGUUGUUGAAGGACCGGGGACGACGGCGAGCGCGAGGCCAGCGAGAGGCGACGAGCACGGUGACGGUGAGCGGAGCGGCGGCGUCGGCGGCCGAAAGCGCCGCACCCCCGUCGACCGCGUCGUGGCGGUGGGCUUCAAGUCCGGGGAGUGCGCGGUCCUGGACGCGACCACCGCCAACGCGCCGUCGUUCCUGUCGGUGCUCAACAAAGGCGGCGCGCACUGCGAGGGCCGCGUGACGGCCGUGCGCUUCGUGCCCGGGGCCGGGAAGCGGCUGUUCGUCGCCGCCUUCUCCACCGGGGACGCCUACACGUUCGACAUCGGCCUCGAAAAGGAGGCCCCGAUGGGCACGGCAGCCGAGAAAGUCGCCGCCGCGGCAGCCACGGCAUCCUCUACCGGGGCUUCCAACGGCGGCGGCGGGGCGGCGGCGGCGGGAGGUGGGCUCGCGCCCGCAAAGAAACGAGGGUCGGGUGGGAAGGGGUCAUCGUCGUCGUCCGGCGGCGUUUGGGGGAGCGUGAUCGGGGGAAGGUCCACCCAGGACAGCAUCGGCAGCAGUAGCGGCGGGGGAAGCUGGGGCCGUAGCCGGAGCAACCACGGAGCGUCGGCGACGUCGACGUCGUCAUCGAGCGGCGGCGGCGGCGGCGGGUCUUCGGCGGGGGCGGCGCGGUCCUUACCGACCUCGUUCACCGGCGGCGGCGGCAGCGGCGGAGGAAAGAACGGUCGCAGCGGUAGUAGCAGCGGCAGCGCUAGCGGGGGCGGAGCUACCGGUAACGGGUCGCCGCCGCCGUCGGACCGGGGAGCCGAUUUCAUGGUGGAGAGAAACGGGGUGGCGGGGGCGAACCCGGUCUCGAUGUGGAGGGUCUCCUCGGACGGGCGGGAGAUCACAGCGAUGGUGUUCGCGCCGCUCCAGCAGGCGGACGGUAGGCGAUUGGUCGCCUUGGCGGCGCUUGAUGGGGUGGUGCGCGUCGUGGACUACGAUGAGCAGGCUCUGGUGGCCGGCUUCAAGUCUUGGUUCGGGGGUAUCCUGUGCCUGGACUGGAGCCCGGAUAUGCGGUACAUCGUCACCGGUGGCGAGGAUGACGCCGUUACUCUCUGGUGCGUGGAGACCCGCACGUGCGUGCUGAGGGGCGAGGGGCACGGGUCCUGGGUGACGGGGGUCGCUUUCGACUACUGGACCAGCAGAAGGCCGUACUACCGCUUCACAUCUGUGGGGGAGGACGCCCGGCUCUGCAUGUGGGAGCACGAUGAAAUGGCGGGGUCCCUGCUCCACGGGGCCGGCGGCGGCGGGGGGAGGCUUCGCGCCACCCCCCCGCCUCCGCCCGGCUUCCAGCACAGGUACAAGUCGUCCGAAAAUCUCAGCCGACAGCGGUCUAAGUCCUCGGAGAGCCUCGCCCUCUCCCAUAGCCUCGCCGAGGCUUCUUCUAAGAACCUUAGCCGCAGAGGCGGUGCCGCUGGCGGCGAAGGUGUCGGGCUGCCGGUCUCGACGGGGGUUCCGGAAGGACGGUCGUCUCCGCGGGAUGGCGAUGGCGGCGGGGAAGAAGACGACGCAGAGGCGGCCGGAGCGGUCGGAGCGCCAUCAUCGCUACCCCCGGACGAGCCGUUGCGAGGAGACAGCACCUGGCCGGUGCUCGGCGGGGGCUUAGCCAGGCUGGGACGCGGCGGCAGCGGCUCCGCUGCCACCGCCGUCGUAGGCGGCGCCGCAACAACGGGCGGGGGCGGCGCCGCAACAACGGGCGGGGGUGGGGGCGGGGGGCGGGCACCGCUGAGCUUGCCGUCGCGGGGGGCUCUCUUUUUCGGGGGCGCCGCGCGGGGGAGUCGAGCAGCGAGCUCCGGCGGCAACCCGGCGGCGGCGGGCACCGGCGGCGGGGGCAGGCGCGGUAAGGGCGGCGGCGGCGCCGGGGCGGCGCAACGAGAGGCCGCCGAAGAGGGAGAAGGGAGAGGGAAGGAGGACGAGGGAAGAGGGAGCGGCGGCGGCGCGGGCCACGUGUACCCGGCUCUCAGCAGGCAGUUGACCCCCCGGGGGGAGCCCCUGUGCUGCAAGCGCCUGGCGCAGGUGCCGCUGAGCCAGGUGAUGGUGGUGAGGGCCGGGGUGGUGACGCUCUGCGCCGAUGGGUUGCUGAAGCUCUGGGCGCGGCCGACGAUGCCGCCGCCGCUGCCGCCGCUGCAGGUGGACGGGGCAGACUUUGGGAGAAAAAAGGGAGACAACAGCGGUAGCGGCGGCACGAGCGCGGCAAUGGAGAGCCAGCAGGAAGAAGCAGGCACCGCGUCGCCGUCGCUCGAGUCUUCAUCCCUCCGCAGCAGCCCCUCCUACCGCGGCAAGGCCGUCGCCGCCUCUGUUGGCGGCGGGGGCGGCACCGCCGCGUCCCCCGCCGCUGCCGUCCGAAACGCCACCUCUUCUUCGGCCCCUGGCGCUAGCGCUAGCGCUGGCGCCGUUACUACUAUGGCGGUGAAUGAACCAACGGCGGCCGGCCUCUCAGUGGUCGGAGUAGACCCGUCCUCGGGCGGGGGGAACAAGAACGACCCUUCUUCCCGGGUGGGCAGGAACGCCAACGCGGCGGUGGUGUCCCCCUUGCAGCCCGCCGCCCUAGACGCUCUGAUCAACACGGAGAUCCUCACCCCUCGGGCGGACGGCGUCGGCGGCGGUGGCGGCGGCGGGGGAGCGACGGGGACAGGCGGGCCCGUCAAUGGCAAGAAGAAGGGCUUCUUCGCCAAGGUUAUCUUCUCCAAGAGCUCCGCCGGUCGAAACGGCGGCGGCGGCGGCGGCGGCGGCGGCGGCGGCGGCGGAAGCGGGGCAGGGUCGCGGCAGUACAACAACAACGACGACAGCGGCGGGUUCUCAGCCUUAUCAGCAGCCAACGCCAAGGGUAGAGACCCUUCCGAGCUCAAGGGGCGGAAGGCGGCAUCCCCGCCCGACACCAGGGGAGCAAGCAGCGCCGUCACCGCUUCCGCUGGCGGCGAGGCGGCCGGGUCCGCCGCCGCUACUAGCGGACGAGAGACACGUGGCGGCGGCGGCGGCGGUGCGAGAAGGGGUGGCGGCAGCGGCACGCGUAGGCUAGCGCGCUAGGAGCAUAUAUUGAUUGGUCGUCCAGGAGGGAUUCUGCAGAGGAUUGGCGUCGAGUUUUUCCUUUGCCCCUGGCUUGCUGUAGCGGGAUGCUCGAAGUUGUAGCCGUGGCGCUAGCUCCAUGCGAAAGCGGCGUGUGCUGUCAGCAAUAUACAUAAGUUUUCCAUCACACGGGAUGGCAGGUGUGCUGCUUAUUUUUUACGUUUGUCGACAUCGUGCUACAGUACAUGCUGGCAUGCCAGCCAAGAUCCGCCAACGUAGUUGUGCAGGGCGCAUUUUCGCCUACUGCUGUCUUGUUGCAGUCGAGGGCGUACAAGCUGCUUCUCCUUGCUUUUCAUACAUUGUCGCCAUACCCCUCGCGUGCCUUGGUUUUUCAUUCUCUUGGUGUUUUUUUCGUGUUCCACACGUGGGUGGCCGGCCUCUCUGUGCGUCGCCACGAUGUGUUGUUUUUCCGGUUAUAAUUGUACAGCUGUGCAGUACAAUCGUUUUCGUCUUGCGUCUCUACGAUCUCUUGGUGAUACUAGUGUGUGGUUAGGCUAGGCUUUCUCUGCUGCUGUCGCAGGACGAGAUUUCGAUAACUUUUCGCGUUCCUUGGGUAGGUAAACCUUCGGUCGGGAACUCUUUUUUGGCGAAAAAUCACGGAUGGCAUCCAAAAACGAAUAUUUCUGCGUCUUGGUUUACGUGCUACGUGGCAAACGCUCGUCAAAAAAAAAAAACGACCGCAGGUGGCGUGGGUGUGGGUGAGCUUCCAUUGCAGCUGUGGUGCCCGUCUGGUUGUGCUGACGUAGCUCCUUAGGAGCCGUCGGUCUCUCUCAAUGGCUACGUGUUGCGUUGUGCUCCAAGAUAGGUUCGGUUUAAGACGGUUGUUUUCUUUGACAGACGGGACUUGUGUAAUUUUCAUCCAGCGGGCUAGCGUGCUACUCAAAUAUAUGCGCGCGAGUGAAGGUUUGGAACGUUUUUAGGCACACUUCGCGCGGUGCCGGCGGUAGGUUUUGCGAUAUCACGGUGCCUUGGCCCAGCAAUGUUGCGGUAGUUGCCAGUUGGGAAGCUGCGGCCCGCCCUGAAGCAGAAGUUCGACGCGAUCCUUCCGUUGAAUGUCCCGCCACAUUCAAGCGCUGUUUUUUCACGCGAAGGUUGAGUCGUACGUGUGGUGAUAUUAUGUAUAACAUGUUCUUUGUGAGGUACAGUUCUACGGUGGUGACACACAUUUGUCUGCCUCUUUGAGUGUGGUGCAGUCUAUGAAGCAAGCGCCUCUUGCUGCUCACAAGGCAAAAUAACGUCUGAAUACAUCGUACUUGUUGGGCGAAAAGUAAUUUCUGUUUCAAAACGCCAGAUUAUUUGGUGUUUCUUGGUCUGUGCCAGACGAAGCGUUCGGUAACUCUGGCCCUUUCACACGGACGGCUCCUUCGAGAACCAACCACCGCCACCUUUGCAUGUACCAGUAUUCGUAGUCGAACCGAACCAACCGCGGUUCCCGCUGCUGCAGCUGCUGCUGCUGUGUUGCUCCCAUGAUGCCACUCCGACAGCAGAACGCAUAAAUGAACAAUGCAGUCCUCCCUGCCUAGUCUAUACAUUUACGAGGACACGUGGUCUCACAGGCGAAGAGAUGAACAGCAAAGAUGACAACGGUGGGUUCGCGACACCACCUCAAGAGGACACGAUGAGGAGAGAGCCCUUCCUUUUGUCGAGGUAGACGACGCGAACGACGAUCGGCGUUGGACGCGAUCGGCUACAGCUUCUUCUGUGUACUGCAGUACUUUGGGACCAGUCUGGUGAGGCGGCUCCGCUUGGACGUCUCUGCGCCGGCCUUCAUGAUGAGGACCAAUCUUCACAGCAUCACGGCUUUUCACAGAGUGUCCGCCUGUCUGUGGAAUCUCUCGGUAAACCAGGUAUGCCCUACAAGUGAGGGCAGGGAAGUAAAUACCGUCCUCAACCACUAUCGGCAUGUUCACCUUUCUCAGCAGGAUCAUGACAACCUGAGAGC